AUGAUUACCAGGCGAAGCAAGCUCUUGAUAAGGCGAAUUAUUCUGGCGAUUGCAUUAUUGUGGAUGUUCCAGAGACUGAGGAUGCCGCCUACGAAGGACCUGGCCUAUUCAGCUCUGCGGUACGAUGCCUCCAAGGUGAAGUUUGUACCCCAUGAGUUGAUCUCGUUAAUAUACGGGAAGGUACAGCAUUUGGAAGAAUCAAAGCCUUCACUUGACUGGUCCAGGUUUGCAUACGUGCAGUAUGCGACCGAUCUGGACUACAUCUGCAACGCGGUGAUCAACUUCGCCAAGCUGCGUGAAGAGUUCGGAACCAAGGCAGAUUUGGUGUUGAUGUACUACAAAGGGUUCAGCUAUAAUCCUCAUCGAUUGCCUGAAAAGCAGUAUAAGCCCGAAAGUAGGCUUCUACAAGAGGCAGAGGCCGAAUUCGGUAUCAAGCUCAUUCCAGUGAGCAUGAUCUCGCUCAAGAGCGACUCCACUACCUGGGAAGAAAGUUUCACAAAGCUUCACUUGUUUGAGCUAGAGCAAUACGAUCGGGUAAUAUUCUUUGAUUCUGACUCAACUGUGAAUCUUGGAAUGGAUCAUUUGUUUUUUCUUCCUCCCAGUCUGGUUGCUCUGCCAGUGCUGUAUACAUGGCCUAUUUCUAAUCCGGUGAUGAGUCCUGCUGUACGUACAUGCGAACAGCGGCAGAACCAACUUCAGUACUUCUAUGAGAAGGUUGUAACAGGAAUGAGCGAGAUGUCGGACGAAUUUUCAUGGAAUGUACUCUCUAACUUGCCGGUGUUCACUCCAUGGGACGACCUUCAAUUCACUACGGCUUUGAUGGUUGUCCAACCAAACAAAAAAAUGUUUAAAAAGUUGAUGAAACUUACCAAGGGACGAUCUAAAUCUGACUAUGAUAUGGAAAUAGUUAACAAGUUUUUGCAGGGUGCGUGGACUAAAGAGAAUGCUUACUUCAACGAAAAGACCGAUACAGUUGAACCUUUGCUCACGGUUCUUGGUCACCACGAUUUGUUGAUGUUAACAGGCGAACUAACGGUCCAUUCCCUCAGAGGUCACUCCCGCUAUAUGAUGGACCCUAAUGACCUGCAAUUAUCGGAAAUUGAAACCCCCGAGAAUGCCUAUUGGAAAUCGAAGGAGUGUGCCUGGAGCCUGGUUCCGGAGACGAAAAAGACUAAACUUUUCCACUUCUCUGAUCAUCCAGUUCCCAAGCCCUGGAAGCCACAAGACUCACAAGAUCACGAGAAUAUCGAUUGUGUGGACCGGUUAACGUCAUCCUCUGAUAAACCCGAGUGCAAUGCCAUCCGUGUGUGGAACCAGCUAUAUGUGGAUUACGCCAAGGACAGAAUGGAGUACUGUAAUUUGGAUAUUUAA